AUGGAAAUACUGCCAAGUGUUCCCCUGCACUUACUGCGACAUAAUCCGCAAUGUGAGAAGCGGAUCUGUGUCAUAGGAGCGGGAGCGGGAGGUCUUGCUGCUCUUAAAGUCAUAUCAGAUUCAGCCUACUUCAAGUCAGGGAAAUGGUCCGUCAUCGCGUAUGAGACUCGAAAAAAUAUUGGGGGAAUAUGGCUGCCUGCCCCGCCUAUUGUCGAUGCCUACAAUGCUCCCAUAACGCCUCUCUACGAUUCUUUAACCACGAAUUUGCCUCAUCCUAUAAUGGCAUAUACCAGCUACUCCUUUCCGCCAGAGACUCCGUUGUUUCCACCAGCACAUGUGGUGCAAACGUAUCUCGAGUCGUAUGCUGCACACUUCAAUCUUAUGUCCCUCAUCAGGUUCGACACCACGGUAUUAGAUGCACGGUGGGAGUCAACCCAGUGGGAAGUAACCCUUUCGGAUGGCGGACACUUUUCAUAUGACCAUCUGAUCGUCGCAAAUGGACAUUACCAUUUACCCCGUAUACCAGAAGUUCCUGGGUUGGCAGAUUGGGUGAAGCAUAGUAAAGCCUCUCACUCUGCUUGGUAUAGAAAACCUAGUUUUCUGGGGGACAAAAUACUUGUUGUUGGAGGCGGACCCAGCGGUCAGGACAUCGCUGCUGAGAUGUGUACAGUUUCCUCGGUGGUUGUUCAUGCUGUCACGGUCCCCGGCGCAGUGACGAACGAUGCUGGAAACCUCGUUCGGAGAGGUCGGCCUGUCGAAUUCAAGGCUAACGGACAAGUAGUUUUUGACGAUGGCACUACGGAAGAUAUCGACCAUUGCAUUCUGGCAACCGGAUUCCAGAUGCAUUUCCCCUUCUUGGAGGGAACAUCCAUGAUCAACAAGGGCUCACCACCGGACUCCCCUCCACUACCUCGCGGCGAGCUUUUCAACUCAACGUACCACGUAUUUCCCCUUGCAAAGCAUUUAUUUCCGCUCCAAACUCAAUAUCCUAUCUCGUCCAUCGCCUUCAUGGGCCUCAUCAUAAGGGUCGUGCCGUUUCCACUCCUGGAGGCUCAAGCGCAUGCGAUUGUGCGAGCGUUUGCCGAUCCUUCAUCUCUAGAUCCUAUCGCAGAAGCAGUCGAUGUCAUUUCCCGCGUCGACAAAAUCAGACGCGCUGGUGCUUCAACACCUCUAGAGAUCGCCAAAGCCUGGUUCCGAUUCGACAGGGAUGAUCAAUGGAAUUAUCGAGACGAGUUGUAUCAAUUUGCGCAGUGCACGGGGUCUGGGACCCCCCUCAUCAAAGUCACAGAAUGGGAGAAAGAAUUAUACGAUUUGAAGGUGGAAUUGAAGUCAGGAUGGGGAGAUUUGGAAAAGUCGGGGGAUCCAAGGGAGUGGUUGAGAGACAUCGGGAAGAAUGGGGUGCAGGAUUGGGUAGGGUUGAUGUACCGUGUGGCGGAUUAUGCCAGGAGUCGAAACAGCUCGUCGGGAAAAUUGUAA